AUGAAUGUUAUUGCUGCUACAAAAUUGAUUGUGCAACAUGUGUCCCAUGAAAGUGAAGCUCUUGCAGAACUUCUGGUUUUGAUUCGUACCCGUCUAGCUGACGCUGUUACUAGUCUUACGGUCCCUACAUGGAGUCCACUAGUGCUAGCUGCUGUUCCAGACGCUGCACAAGUUGCAGCAUAUCGAUUUGGUGUGUCUGUUCGAUUAUUGAGAAAUAUUUGCUUGUGGAAGGACAUAUUUGCAAUGCCAGUGUUAGAGAAGCUUGCUCUAGAUGAGCUUUUAUACGCAAAAGUUCUACCUCAUUGUAGAAGCAUAUCAGAAAAUGUUCAAGAUGCAAUAACAAGAACAGAACGGAUUAUUGCUUCCCUAUCUGGUGUUUGGGCUGGCCCAAGUGUCACUGCAGACAGAAACCGCAAAUUGCAGCCUCUGGUGGCUUAUGUACUGUCACUUGGAAGGAUUCUGGAGAGAAGAAAUAUGCCAGAGAAUGAUCUAGCCCGUCGAUUGAAAAAAAUACUUGUGGACCUAGAUGAAUAUGAUCAUGCCAGGAACAUGGCCAGAACCUUCCAUCUGAAGGAGGCGUUAUGA